AUGAGUUAUGGUAUUCGAGCGAAUGGUCUAGCUUUUUCUUCAUUGAUGCUGAGUAGCCUGACACUCUUGCUUGUGUUCAUCAUGCCUAUUGCGCUGCAGAACAUUGGCUGGAAGAUGUACAUCAUCAACGGAAGCUGGGAUAUCAUCAUACUCCUUAUUGUGAAGGAGAAGACUGGCAGUGCGGUCAUGGCAAAAGACCAGCUUGAUUCGGACAACUGCGUCACAGCUGCGGGAUAG